AUGGACCCUAGACAAUCACUAUCGAGGACAACGUCGUCCAACGUUGGAACACCUCAGAACACCUACCAAGCGAACACGAUGGCUUCUGCGUACGCUAUGCCUCCAUACCAGAACAACACCCAUCUUCCGCCGAUCAACUACUCUCAGCUGCCCCCUGCAAACCAGGGCUACAUGCAACAGCAGUACCGCAAUGACCUGCCGCGUUACACGUCUGCCCCGAACACUGCGCCCGUUGCUUCACCUGCUCCGGACAGCAGAUACCAUUCCCACAUGAAUCCGCAGGGUCCCAUGGGCGGGCUGCCUCCUUCUUCUGUGCUACCGCAACCUCAAUCUCAACAGGCGCAGGCGCAGCAGCCACAACAACAGCAGCAGCAGCACCAGCCGCCUCAGCACCAGGGUUAUCAGGGACAACCACAAGCGCGUCAAUCAUACCCGCAACCUCUUGCUCCUGCACCUCCUCGUCCCAACCUCGACUCUCUCGGUCCUGCAUACGGUCAACCCGACAACCGCCAGCAGGCAUGGUCCGGCGCCGAAUCCAUGCCCGGCAUGGCCACUGAUGUUGGUCGAGACCCCACGAGAACACAUGUCGUGGGAUCGCAAGGAAGAAGAGGCAUCUUGCCCAGUGCGCCAGGACGUCCUCCUGUCAUGGCCAAUGGUGUUAACGGAUCCCCGAAGAGCGCCGUGCCGCAGAAGGAUGCCGACGGCAAAUUUCCUUGCCCGAAUUGCACAAAGACCUAUCUCCAUGCAAAACAUCUGAAGCGACACAUGUUGAGACACACCGGUGAUCGACCGUACAUGUGUGUGCUUUGUAACGAUACGUUCUCCAGGAGUGAUAUCCUGAAGCGUCACUUUCAGAAAUGCUCGGUUCGACGUGGCAACCCAACAGGAGCGAGCCAUUUGUCAAACCCGGCAGCUCACAUCAAGAAAUCCCAGCAAGCCGCUGCUAAAGCAGCCACGGCGUCCCCCGCCAGCGCGAACACGCCGUCCAGCGCGGUCAUGACCAAUCCCCCAUACACCUCUGCCCCCAUGAGCAGCACGUCCGCACCUACCACGAGUGCCCCGGCGCCGGGAAUGGGCUACGCCAUGCAAUCCAACAGCCAGGCAGACAUGCAACGCCAAGCUCAGUCGAUGCAACCAGGUUCAGGCCCGGGGUCCAUGGAUCCCAACGCUAACAACUCUUGGUCGAUGCACAACCCAAGAAACAGUCAGUUGAUGUACCAUUCGACUUCGACUCCUCCAGACCACUACGGCAUGCAGCCCGGCGGGGGGGAAGACAAGCGCAAUGUCAUGCCUCAGCCUCAUCAUAUGGGGGAUGAAUGGAACCACAUGUUCCAGCCUGGCGGAUCCGAAGGAUACAUGAACCCCAUGUUUGGAGGUUAUGACCAAUCCCAGAACGAUGUGAAGAAGGAGUUUGAGACUCAUGAAGGUGGAUCGAAUGGCUAUUACAUUCCCUCUACGAGCCUUGGAGCUGAUGGUACGCUUGGACCCCCUCUCUGGAAUCUGCAUGCAUCUCAGCAAGACUUGUUCCAAGCCAAGGUGAACUCACUGUUAACGUUUGUUUUCCCUGGUGGACUACAGGAAUCGCUCCAAGAGCAACAAAAUAACCUCAACAUUCAAUCCUGCCUGACCGUCGAUGCCAUCCAACAUUUCCUCGAACUGUUCCCGAACUAUCAAGGCCAUUUCCCUUGGCUUCAUCUGCCGACCUUCAAUCUCUUGACCGCCCAUGACGGCCUCGUUCUUGUGAUGAUUUGUAGUGGGGCGGUUUACUCUGACCGCGUCUCUCAAACUGUGGUGCGAGCUCUCAUGCAGUUGGUGAAGCGCGCCAUCGAACGCAACUCACAAGUCCUCAAAGUCCUCGAACUGGGAUCUGCUCAGACCCAGUUCUCCCCAUCAGGAGUGGAGUUCGAAGAACUUCUUGCGCUGCAGAUUCUACAGACCUUGUUUGUAUGGCAUGGGGGUCCGGAAGAGCGAGCUCUGGCGCGUGCGGAAAGUCGGCGAGUGUUGUACUUGGUCCGCCAGUUCAACAUGUUGACUUUGGCCGGCCCGGGCGAUCCUUUUGCCUACAGCUAUCUCCACAGCCUUCAACCAGGCGAGGAAGCCGAUCCGUCUUUGUGGGAAUGGCGCUCCUGGGUGGAACAAGAAAAACGAUCGAGACUGAUGUUCAUGGUCUAUCUGUGGGAUGCAGCCAUGUGCAUCUACUUCAAUAUGCCACCCCAGUUCUCCUCGGCCGAGAUCAAAUUGCCACUUCCUUGCGAUGAUGCGGCAUGGGAAGCUCCGGACGCCGAGACUUGUGCGCAAGCACUGGGGCUACGAGGUCCGGCGGCCCAGUCGAGGAUCAAUACCAGCGGCUCACUCAGACUCAAACAGCUGGAGAUGCAUCAUGCAAUGAGUGCACUCCAUAGCACGUCGGUACUCAUGCAGCCACGCACCACCAAUGUCUACUCGAAGUUCAUCCUGAUCCAUGCACUUCAUGUGGAGAUAUGGCAAAUUCAGCGUCAAAGAUCUUUUGCCAGUCCGUCGGCUUCUACCGAACGUGCUGGUGCUGGCGAUUCCACGUUUGACGAGACCAACAGCAUGUACAACUCGGUCGACCUUGCUCUCGCUCGAUGGAAACAAGCCUGGGAUCAAGACUAUGCUUUACAGUACCCACCAGACAACGGUCACCACUCCAUGCCAAAGCGUCUUGGCUUUUGUCGAGAUGGCGUUCUGUUCUACUGGCUUGCCCGUGCUUUGAUGCAAACCAACCGGAUGCUUGAUUGGCAGUUGCCUGCUGACGAACGGCUCCGACAAGUCCUCCAUGGACUGAAAAAGGCACGAGAAUGGAGCAGCACUGAUUCGGCCCGCCGAGGCGAAGAACCCGGCAGUGUGGCCUACAUUGACGAUGAUUAUGCUUCUACCGCCCUGGAGCUGGACAUGAGGAAGCUUUUCCGUCCUCUGCAAGCGAUUCCUGACAACUCCGAUUCGUCCGUCCUAGCGUCCUAG